AGGGAAUCCCCAACUUCCCCAAAAAAGCGUCUUAGCGUCACUAUAUAAAUGUUACAUUUAGACACCGAAGCGACAGUCAGAACCAUGCAUCACUUCUCGGAAUUCAUCGCUUGUCUUGUCAUUUUAGUUGUGGCGGAGGGAGCUCGGCAGGAGAUUCGACUCACCAGUGGUGAGGACGCAGUCUUGAGUUGUGAGGCGAAAUCAAAGCCCGACGUCGCGUACCGUUGGGUCACAUGGUACAAGGUUUCUGAAGACCCUUCCCAAAAGUUAACUGGACUCGUAAGGAAGAAGCUACCUGAAAACAAUAGCACAGUGGAAAAAUAUAAAGGUGCCGAACGAGAAGUCAAGCUACUUGAGAGCUCAAUGAGCCUUCUUCUGUCUAAUGUAACUGAAGAGGACAGUGGGAUAUACAGAUGCUUUCUAUCAGCUCCCCUUGGCCAUCAGAACCAAGCAGGCGAAAUAGUUUUAAAGGUCAAUGACAAUGCUACAACUGAGAAACUGAAAUUUAAUGAAAGUGACACAAUUUAUAUAAUUGUGGCUAUCACGGUACUCAUUAUGGCACUCCUGAUGUUUUUCAUGAGCUAUGUCUGUUUGAGGAAUGUAUUUCAAACCAACAAGAAGCUGUUAAAAGACUCUUUGCUGAAAAUGCAACAUCAAGGCAAGAAUGUGAUCAUCACCAAUCAUUUGAUUUGCAAGACCACGCCUGAAGUGUAUGUGUGAUGGUAACCAGAGUACAUGGGCUAGCGCUCAUCAGAAAAGGCAGCUAAUGUACAGGACAUGGACAGUCCAUAGAACUUGUACUGAAGAGGAGCAUCGGUCGACGCACAUGAAGUAGCAACCUACUUGAUAAGUUGGUCAAGGAGCAAACGGUGACAGAUGGACGCACACAGGUUUCAACAUCUUCAACACCAUAUUUUGAAAACGACAUCAUGAGAGACAGUGAGACCAAGAAAAAAAAAGAA